AUGAAACCAUUGAAAAAUUCUAUACUUGGAUGCCCUAUAUAUGGUAAUAACGUAGAAUAUUUCUUAAAAAGAUUUGAUGCAAUACUAAAAGAUCCACAGUAUACAGAGGCUGAAAAGGCGUAUGCUUUCACACAGAGACUUCCAGUAGAGGAAUAUCUAAAAUUAAAAGCUAUUUGUACGGUGGCAGAAUUCACUAACCCGGCAAUUGUUAUCAAAAGGUUCAUACAUCCGGAAAAAUCGGUGGACUCUUACAUAAAAGAAUUCAAUGCAGCUGAACAAGUAAUAGGUGAAACGUUCGAAAAUUGGGUAAGCAAAAUAUGUAGAUUAAAUACUAAAUGUAAUUAUGCUAAUUUUGAUAGAGCGAUAGAAAAAAUAAGAGUGUCGACCAUUAACAAAGAAUUACGAAAAAAAAAGUCAGAAGGGUUAACAAUAUCAGAAAUAUUAAAAUUAGGAAUGGAGUUUGAGGAACAAGAAGCUAUCAUAAAUAUAAUUAAUAAAACAGAAAAUAUAAAAAUAGAAACUGACAAUGGAGCUAUCAAACAAAUAGAAGGACGCAGGGAUGAUAAAAUGGAUAGGCGCAUGGUUAAAUAUGAUGAUCAUAACAAAGGGUCUAACCCACAAAUGAAUUAUACAAAUAGAUAUCAAUGGACACCAAGAUUUAACAAUUAUCAAGGGAACAAUUAUCAAGGUAGCAACCAUCAAUGGAACAAUUAUCAGGGGAAUAACUACAACCCAAGAUAUCAAAACAGUUAUUACCCAAGACAACAAAAUUUUAAUCCGCGAUACCAAAACAACUAUAGAUAUCGAAACAACUCUAAUUCAAGAUUCUAUAAUAGAAAUAAUUUUUAUAAUAAUGAUAAUCGAUACUACAAUAAUUAUAAUAAUAGAUUUAAUAGACAUCAAAAUGAAUCACGAUACACACCUCGUUACAACUAUGAUCAAAAUAACAACCAAUCAUAUAACAAUAGAAAUCAGAGCAAUAACAAUCAACUCAGAUACUCUAACAACGUAAACACUGUCGAUAUAGAGGAGAUAAAAGAAGAUAAUAAUGAUAAAAUAAUAAAAAAAGAACACAAUUUAUUUAAUUUGGGUGCAAAGAACUUGGACGAGGACAAUUAA